AUGUCGUCGUACCUCCCAUUGCAAAGCCAGGAGCCGGACACUCCAGACAUCGACGAAGCUGUCAAGCGUCCUCUGCUGAACGCGGGCUUCGAUGACCCGGAGCAGGAUCAAGCAGUUCAACCGGCCUCCAAGAGAAAAUCAGUGACCGACUGGAUCACUCUCGUGUUAGCCGUGUUCUUGCUGGGAACAUCCUUCGCGCUGUACAUCGACUCUACCCAUGUCAUCACCCCUCGGAGCGCGAAGGGCCUGCGCAAGCCCGACCCGUAUCCUGGGUUGAGCAAUGUGCCCGAGUAUCAGAAGAAGCGUAAAGGGCCCAUGGUGCGCACGAACAAGGCGAUGCCUGACGAAGAGUACACUAGCAGUUCACACAUUGUACUCAGCGAGAAUGACUCCAUGUUCUACCAGUUCAGAAUGAAACCCAAUGCCUUCAAGUGGUGCUACGUCGAUGCGGUGGUACCAACUCCCGAGCGCGGCGCCGAGGCGGGCAAGACGUUCACGGGCUCCGGAAACCUCCUCAACAUCCAAGUGUGGAACACCUCCUAUCCGCAGCAGCGCAUGGAGGGCCUCAGCUGGAACUCGCGUCCGGAGCGGCUCGAGCUCCUCGGGACGGUGUCGUGGAUGCCCGAGAAGGAGAGGAUGGAGAAACUGGAAUGGGAAGAUGGCUGGCAGCUCAAGCCUCAGACGCCACGCUUCGACUGUUCCGAGAAGAAGUGGUUCACGUUUGAGGUGUCGUGCGACAACUGCACGCUCGAGUUCGAGCAGAUCUUCUCUGAUCCUCCCAUGGCAUUCGACGUCCUUCAGAUUGCCUGA